AUGGCACUGUUGUUAGCACCGUACAAUGACUCCAUGCGGUUGGGGAGAGGGUUCAACUCCUACACACAGACUAUGUGCAUCGACCAAGCCGUGGAGAUCGCUCAGGAUGACAUUAUCUCUGUGCGACCAGACAAUCCCUCGCAGGUCGUGUCCUACUCCUCUAGAUUUGUCGACAAGCUUAGUGAAGUGGUUGACACGAUGAAUCUCUCCUAUGGCUCUUCUAUCAAGAAAGGCACCAUAGAAAUUUCUGGAAACGCCAGUACUGUGGACGAAGACAAAAUCAAGAGCUCGGACGUCAACAUGAUCGUGUCUGUCAAGGUUGUUAACCAAACUACGACACUGGUAGAUACAUGCAAAUUCAAGCCCAUUCAAGGGGUCUUGCCUGGGUCUCAGAAGUUCAACGAAUGCUUCGGAGAUUGCUUCAUUUCAGGAUUCAUCGAGGGAGGAGACUUCACCGCGAUUUGCUCUACUCGAGUACUUGACAGGAGUAAGGUUGGGAAAAUCUCAGCAUCGAUCAAGGGGAAUUUGAAUACCAGCAACAAUAGCGACUUCACGCUGGAUACAUUGAACAUUGACUCUGUGGAUUCUUGGAACUCAAGUGACACGGAGACCACCAUUUCCGUGAGCUGGAUGGGAGGCGGACAAGUGAAAGAAGCUACUACUCUCUGGGAUACAAAGUCCCUUUUCGUCGCAGCAGCAGCGUUUCCUUUUCAAGUUGCAAAAUGUCCCCAAAAGACUUGGGCUAUCUUGACGAAAUAUAAGCAAAGCAGAAGCUUCGUAGAGUGGAGCGAGAAAGCCAGUUUUACCCCUCUUGAGUAUGACAACAUUGGCAGUUUCACUGCGGAGUUAUUCGACAAUUUCAUGCAGUACAAAUUGUUGCUCAAGAAGGUCCAGACUAUCAUGGACAAUCGAGAUCAGUACACAGUGCAAACGGAAAAGCACAACGCGAUAUCUACCGAAGUCCCAACUUUGAUAGCGGUCCGGUCGGCCCUCAGGACAGAGAUGAACAAGAUCGUCCAAGCUGUUGAUGUGCUUGCACGCGACCCCGGAAUCUUGAAACGGCAGGCACAAGACUCUGCAGUUCCUCUCCAUCCCCUUGUCAAAAGCAUCCUCCUGGAAGCACAAUAUGGCCGAUAUGGAACGUCAAUACCCUCGGAUCCCGCCGAACAAAACGUUGCAUCCCUGCAAGUAGAUGUGGCUUCUUCGCAGCCCCCUACAAUGACAUCGCCAGCGCAGACAUCUGUGCUGGUGGAUAGCCCGGGCGUUGAACCAACCCCAAUCGUAUUCACAUCAGGCGAGGGACCAGAAGUGCCAGCGGCAGCUACUGGAACCCCAGCCAAGCCUGAGACGUUCAACUUUGGGGCACUUGUAGCGCCUGAAAUCUGGGUAGAUUUAUUUCCAGUCCCGAAAACCAAUGCCACAAUAAUGCCAUCCAAAACAUCAGAUGAGAUAGUCCCACUCACUUCAGGAUUUCCUCCACCGCCGUCAAGCGACCUUAAGUCAGAACCUGCGGAACCCCUUCCAGAGGUUCCCAAGACCACCGCACCAAUAUCUGAGCCUCCAGAGCUUCCUAAACUCAAGGUCCUGGCCGCAAGCUGGGGCAUCGCUGAUGUCACGCAACACAUGAGUCGAUUUAUUGGCGCCGACCAGACUCUCACCCUUGACACAGGCGCUCUUUCAAAUUCCAUCCCCGAUCCCGGCUGGAAGACGAUAAGAACCCUGAGCAUCUUGUACAAAUAUAGCGGGGGGGAUGCGAGCGUUGACUCUCGAUUUGGGCUCUUGAUCACCACGGAGAACAAAGGCAUACAAAAGAUUUCGCCAGAGUCCAUGACACAGCAAUCUAGUGUGAAAAUGGUCGGACUGAGUCCCAGACGUCCAAGUGGUAUCUACAUUAUUGCUAUAGUCUGGGGAGGCGAAGUCAUAGAUUCUCCGGUCGUCCUUGAGAAGAUCUAUACUCGGACCGAGCAACAACAAACCUUCCCCGUUAGCAAUGACUUCUUUGGGAAAGAUACAUGGCCUGGCGUUGUCAAGUCUGCUCAAAUAUACUAUCAAGAGACGGAAGAUGGGCCCGUCCUAUCUAAGCUGAGAGCAGAGGCCGAACCCCGCUGCGGUGUCAAUGCCAUGCAACUGUUCUAGGUGGCUAAGACUUUCUUAGUAGCCUCCAACUGUCUUCCAUACCUGUUUGCUCUCGAAUUAUUUGUCCAGUUUUAGCGCAUUCAUAGUUCUACUUAGUACUUAGUGUAACUGCAUUGUGAAAGUUGUAACAAUCGAGUCUUGGAUCGCACCUUCACCUCAUACACACCGACUGUUUCUGCUUAAGCAGCGAUUCUAUUUACGAUAGUUCCUAUAUUUGCCUAACGCGGAAGAAGGCGAGC